AUCAAGUUCGUCACGGGCAACGCCAUGAAGCUGCGGGAGGUCGAGGCGAUCCUGUCGCAGAACGGGCUGCCGCUGCCCCUGGAGCAGUGCGACCUCGACCUCGACGAGUACCAGGGCGUCGCCGAGGACAUCGCGGCCGCGAAGUGCCGUUUGGCCGCGGAGGCGACGGGCGGCGCGGCGAUGAUCGACGACACGAGCCUCUGCCUCGAGGCGCUCGGCGGCAUGCCCGGGCCCUACAUCAAGUGGUUCAGCCACGUGGACCUGCCGCGCGUGCUCGAGGGCUACGAGUGCAAGCGCGCCUACGCGCAGAGCUGCGUCGCGUUCUCCGUCGGGCCGGGGUCCGUGCCGCUCGUCUUCACGGGCCGCGCGCACGGCGUCAUCGUCGACGCGCCGCGGGGCGACGCGGGCUUCGGCUGGGACGCGUGCUUCAAGCCCGACGGCCACGACGCGACCUUCGCGGAGAUGGACGCGGCGACGAAGAACGGCAUCUCGCACCGGUCCCGCGCGCUCGAGCAGCUGUCCAACUACCUCAAGGGCGAC